ACUGUUAUUCCCCAAUGCAAGCUAAUCCGGUCAGCCUCUACUGCUCCGGCGAUGCCUUUUCCUUCAUAGGCUCACCUCUUUGCGCUGCUUCUUAUCCAUCCCCGUGCCCCAUGGCUUCUACCGGCUGCUGCAAGGAAUGGCCGGGGGAUGAAGGUGCUGCGCGAAUCGACCUGGGACGCUGCUGCCGCACAACGGCGAGCUCAACGAGCCCGACGACGACGGCAAGCAGCGACCUGGAAGGCGAGGAGGGGCAUGCCUGGGCCGCCGCGCUUCCUCGACCGUUGUGACACCCUCCAUGAUGGGCGCCCCAAGAUUCUUCGGCCGCAGGAAGCGUCUGGCGGCAGCGGCGCGUCUCCGGCCAAAUCCGGUCAAAUCCAAUGGAAAAACAACCCUCCUGCCCGGCCAAGCGACCAAGCCCCGAUAGCAGAACCUAAUGGUCGUCACGCAGCAGAUGCUGUCCAACCAAGUUUGUGUUUCCACAUUGCUUCUUAUGGCAUUGAAAGCGUCUUCAAAGGCUUCCUCUUCCUCAUACUUGUACAUGCAAGCACUGAAAUCAGCAACUACAUUUGGUCCAUCCUCGUCUUUUUUCUUAUGAGCUUCACCAUACAUCAAGUCCCUUUGUCGCCUGGUUCUCAAGUGGUUCUUGCGAUCACGACAUGUGUAGCCAAGGUUCAGUGGACCGCCAACUUGGCGACUUGCUAACUCAUGGGAUUUUCUCGGUACAAUUCCUGAAUCAUCUGCUGUUUCAAUUUCAAAUGCUUGCAAGGCUGAAAUCUUCCUCUGUGAUGGCAUCAAGUGGCUUGUCCCAGGUAAUUGCAAGACAUGGUUGUGUUCAACAACUAACUCAUGCACCUCAUAAUUUCGUGCUUCUCGGUCUAUAGUAAUUCCCAUUCGAACAUUGCAGCCGGUCCUUGUUUCUGCACGAGGACGCUUUGUAUUAUUAUCCCUUUUGUCUUUUCUUCUGUAGCCCUCAUUGGAACAAACAUAUCUUGCUGAGGUGAUUACUCCAUCGAGUUUGCUCUUGUUUUCAUAAUUUAUCCUUACAUCAAAACCAAUAUGACCUCCAUAACAUGUCCAAAAGUUCCAAGCCUCUUUUGUGGAAUUGAAUUUCAUACCAAUCUGAGGCAUCCAACUAGGAACCACAUUUGUCCUAUAAAAGUUACACAUAACUUAUUUGUUUGUAUGUUUACACUACAAUCAUAAGGUGAUAUAACCUGAGAAUUUAACAAAAUUGUCGGUACCUGUUAGCAUCCUCAUUACAGCUAGUCAUAUUCUCCAUUAGACUUUCUCUUCGUUUUUGUUGCUAGGAGAAGGACAACAAAAGGGAGACCAUCUGCAUUAAUCUCCUGUCAUGUUUUGGAAAUCCCAAGACUUGAUGAGCAAAUCAUCUGUCUUACAAGCAAAUAUUUGAAUACAUUCAUGCAUUUUAUCUUGAGCUUGUCCAAAACAAUUGAGAUCACUUCUAUUAAAUUUUUUUCACUCUAACAUAAUCUAAAAGAUGCAGAAAAUAAGUUUUGCAUCUUGCCCUUAUCAUCCUCCAUUAAGAAAAUAGUAGCAUAGCAAACUCAAUCUACAAAUUUUGUGCCUUGAGAACAUGAAUACAAUCAGAGCAUAUGUGACAUAC